GUAUUGAUUCAUCCACACCAAACAGCUAUUGUUAUUUUGACUGUUAUCAUUUUUCUAUUUGACAAUCUAAGAAAAAGAGGUCAGUGCCUCUGACUAAAUAGCCAGGUAUUGCAUGUUUUAAAAAUUCUUGCAGCUCACUGGUUGAAAAUCACUGAAUUAGACUAAUAGCUGACUUCAAGAGAAACAUUGGACAAACAAGGAAACAGAGGACACAGUGAGAUAUUACCUUCAAAGUACUGAAUAAAAAAUAUCUCCCCAUUAUGAUUCUAUGUCCGGUAAAACAUCCUUUAAGAAUGAAGUGGAGAUAAAUACAUCACUAGAACACUUAUGCUACAGGAAACAUUGAGUUCUUCCCGGAGAAAGAAAAUGCUCACAGAUGGAAGUUCCUAUUUCCUUUUGACCUUUUCUGUUCUUUUAUGGAGCCCUUAGGAGAACUAUCCUCCUUUGCUUAUACUUCUUAACAUUGUCUAAUUUGUGUUAAAGUCAUCCACAGAAAUCUAGCUUCAGCUAUUGAAUUUGCAAUUCUAGAUGUAGAAAAAAAUUGAACAAAAAAGGUCAACUCUGGAGGUAAAUUUAAAUUACCAUUGACCUGAUAAUGUUAUCUACAUUAAUAAUUGUCUUUAUUAUAUAUAACAGUUAAAUACAUGACAACAUUAGCAAAAUGAUGUAAAGGUAAGCUGUGAGUCAGUUUCAGUAGGAAUUCCCAGCGGGAUCUUCCAGUACCUGUUAUUAGCUGAAUCCAAAGUAUGCUUCAGGCUGAGCUCUCCAGCAAUGAGGAUGGACCCAGACAUCCAUCCCCUGGGUUUUCAGGUCAUACCUUGCCAUCCCAUUGGACACCUUAACCCACAAGCCCUUCUGAAUGGCUAGACCUGAACCUCCUUUGUUAGGAAGUUGCUCUUAACAAUAUAUUAACAGUUACAGAGAGAUUUGUGAAGAAAUGAUUGUAUAAUUAUGCUCAAGGAAGUAUGAAAGAAGUUGCUUUAUUACUUAUUAGGAAUUUGACAUUUUUGAGCUUUUCUUUUCUGUCAUUUUAUGGAGCCCUUAGGAGAUAAGAACAAAAAAUGCUGUCAAAGUUUAGGAGAGAUUUCUGAAGUCCUUAUUUGCAGAGGCUUUUGAGUACUGAGCUUACAUAUUUCUCUUUAAGCACAAAAAGUCUUAAAUGCAAAAAGCAAUGUCAGUUCACAUGAUUGAACUGUUGUGGUACCUUUUCUGUCUUGUGAAUUUCUCCUGAGCUCAGAGGCACACCCGCCCACUCAGAAAAGCCGGAUGCAUCCUGUACCAGGAAAAGCCGGAAACACGGCACUUCUGUUCCUCUUGAGUCCUCUCAUCUUGUCUUUGUUUUCCGGACUGGAGGGAGAAGAACAUUUCUCUCUGACAUAGUAUUUGUUUCUGUUACCUAAAAUGCUUUUUUUUUUCCUUAAAACUACUUCUCUUCCUUCUUUUGGGAAAAUUAUACACUUAGAUUUGGGGUGAAGAAAAGAGAAUCUAAUGAUUCUUCAGCACCUCAAUUGUUUUCAGCACUGUAUGUUAGUCAGCUAAGGACUCACAACUGCCCAAAGUAAUUAUUUUUGUCUUCAUUUUACAUGUGGGACAAUCCAGACAAGUCUCUUUCCUCUAUCUUGCUAUAUUCCCUGUUUCAGGUGCUGAAAGCCCACAUUAUACCAGCAACCUGGAGGUUUGGGGAGACUGAUACCUGCGAGCUGGCUGUAAGAGGGGGCAGUAGGUCAGGACAUCAGGGGUAGACUUUGGGCGCCCUGUGACUCAAAAAUACCCCUCUCCAAGCAGUCCAAACAUACAGGGCCCAGAAACGAAUUAUACCUUUAGUUAUAGGUAUCCAACAUGAUGAUGCACCUUGAGGUAUGUGUAAGUUCAGAACAGGGCACAAGAUACAGCAUUGAGACAAACCCAUCUACUUGGUGAAAAUUUUCUCCAGUGCCCUUUCUGCAUCUGGUUUCAGGUGAGUCCAGGCUGUCCAGAUCCCUUGCUGGAUCUCCUUCAGAUCUGUUCCCUCUGAGUAGUAAAGCCUUAGACUAUUCUCCUGAGCCUCACUAAUUCACUUACUCAUUCACACAUUCAGUUUUGUUUUUAAAUGACACUUUUUGAGCAACUCCUUCAAGUCAGUUACAAUCUGUAGGUUCUUUUGUAAGUCUCAUUCUAAAAUGCGCUCCUCUCAGGCAGCUUUUCUUUGGAAAUGAUCUAGUCUGCUAUCCCCACCUAAUUGUAACAAUAACGAAAAACAUGUAGUGGCAGCAUUCUCAGAGCUGUUUCCAUUCCAAAUUUGGACUCACUAGUUUGAAUAAAGGAAGCACUGAGAAUAGUAAAAUUGUAGCGCCAGGUAAAAGCCAUGAUUUUAUUUAUUUCUAUGACCCCUCAAAUAUCUAAUACAGGACAACUUCACCUGUGAGGGAGGCCGGCCCCUGACAGUACAUGAUUUCCAGAUCUGUCUUAGGCAAGAUUUUCAUGCUUUGGAGUUUAGUUCCAGGAGAGAAAGUUUUCCUGGAGUUUAAGGAAUUUCUAGUGCUAUAGUGGAGCUCUGUUUGGAGGUGAGUGAAACAGAAGGGGACUUUCUUUUUGCUGCCCUCUAAAAUUACAACGGGUGGCUCUCCGUCUGUGUUUCAUAAUUUGAUUCCUUGCUUUUUCAUCAUCUUCUGCCACUGAUGUACAGUUCUCUGGAUGUACUAUUCUCCAGCUGAAUCCAGGUCACUGUAGCUACAGCUACAGUGGUGAAUAAAAGAAAAAAAUAAAGUAAUAAUAAGACAAAAUGCAAUCCUCACAUGACUGGAAGUAUUUAGGUUUUUAUAAAUAAUAUGUACAAUUUACCCAUUUAUUUAUUUUCUUCUUUUAGAAAUCAAGGAAGAGAUCUACAUCAGCAGGAAUUUUCAAACUCUGCCUUAAUACCAAAUUCUCAGACUGACAUUCAAACUUAUUCAUCUUCUGGGCCAUGGGAUUUCAAAAAGUCUUUCUUUUAUUCUGUUAGUUGUUGCUCAACUAGGUAAGAAUUACAAGUAAUAUGAACUUAAUUACUGAGAAUAGCUUUAAUUCUGUGUAUUAUCUGGAUAAACCAUGGGAAAGAAAUCAUGUUUUUUGAGAAACUGAAUGUGCUGGUCUUGCAGUGCGGACACAAGAUAGAGAACAGGACAUGAAGGUUAAGAUGGUGUCCUUAAUAGUGUUGACAGGUUAUGCUGCGCUGGCGGUCAUAAUCUGGGUCAUUGGUUCAGGUCAGGGGGAAAAGGUCAAGGCUUAGAAAGCUGGUAGGCAGUCUAUAUUUACAAAUGGCAUGAGGGCGCAGACAAGAGCUGAAUGUGAAGAGAUCACACAGACUGGGCAUGGAGACGACGACCAGAGUGUGUUUCCAUAUCCGUCUGCCGUUUCUGGUGAUGAACUGCACAGCACCUGGGAUAUCUCUGUGCUGCCUGUUCUUUAAUUUAUUCCCUUUCUCCUUGCUUGGCAAAUGCCCAGCCACUACCUCUCUUCACUGUCCAUUAAUGAUCUCAUUUAAAUACUCAGUGAAAAACAAAAGCCAUUAGAUGAGAAGUGCUUUCUUUCUCCACCAAAUCUACUGACUUCAUGCAUGUUGGAUGGAUGGAGUAAACACACUGUCCCCGAAGGCCACCCAUGCUUUGCUUCUGCUCUGAAACCCCGCUGCUUUCAGAGACACCAUUUCUGCAAUUUUAUCUUAUUCCUCCUGGAAUUUCUGUCUUUCUACUGCAUUAUUAUGAACAGAUUACAAAAUCUUUCAACAAAUUUAAUAAUGAAACAAGAACAAAUUAACUCUAAGAAAUUAAAGGAAGAACAAUAAAGAUGGACAGGGAAUUGAUGUAGGGUAGCAAUUCUGUAGAAAACAUAAUUAUAGGUUUUAGGAAAUCUAGAGACUUGCCAUUUCAGAACAUAACGUUUUUGAGUGGGCAAGAAACUUUGUGAGUGGAGAAGGUUAAAACACUGGGAUAUUAGACAUAAGAAGAGGCUUCAACCCCAACUGGUGUGGUUCAGUUGGUUGGGCGUUGUCCUGUAAAGUGAAAGGUCAUGGGUCAGGGCACAGGCCUGGGUUGUGGGUUCUGUCCCCGGAAGGGACAUCUAUGAGAGGCAGCUAAUCAAUGAUUCUCUUUCACAUCAAUGUUUCUCUUCCUCUCUCUAAAAAUAACUAAAUAAAAUCUUUAAAAAAAAAAAAAGAAGAGGCUUCAUCCAAUUUAUGUCUGACAUUCCGAAGAGCAUAUUGAAGGCAAUGAGGAACCACAGUGUUUUCUCUGAGUUCAUCCUCUUGGGGCUCUCUUCUGACCCCCAGAUCCAACCUCUGCUCUUUGUGCUCUUCCUUGGUAUUUACCUCCUGACCCUGAUGGGGAACCUGAUGCUGCUGCUGCUGAUCAGGGUUGAUUCGCAUCUUCACAUCCCCAUGUACUUUUUCCUGGGACACCUGUCCUUCCUGGAUCUCUGCCACUCCUCUGUCACUGUGCCCAAGCUGUUGGAGAACCUCCUGUCUGAGAAGAAAACUAUUUCAGUGGAGGGCUGCCUGGCUCAGGUGUUCUUUGUGUUUUUCACAGGGGGCACUGAAUCCUGCCUACUCGCUGUGAUGGCCUAUGACCGCUAUGUUGCCAUUAGCUCUCCCCUGCUCUAUGGCCAGGUGAUGAACAGGCAGCGGUGUGUGGGGCUGGCUUGGGGCUCAUGGGGCUUGGCUUUUCUGGAUGCUCUCAUCAAUAUCCUUGUAGCUCUCAGUUUAGACUUCUGUGAGGCUAACAAUAUCUACCACUACUGCUGUGAGCUGUCCUCUCUCUACCCUUUGUCCUGCUCUGACGUGACAGCAAGCUUUACUGCCCUGCUCUGUUCUAGCAUCGUGCAUUUCUUUGGAAAUUUUCUCCUGGUAGUUUUCUCCUAUGUUCGGAUUUUGUCCACCAUCCUGAGCAUCAGCUCUACCACAAGUAGAGGCAAGGCCUUCUCCACCUGCUCUUCACACCUCAUGGCAGUGGUCUUAUUUUAUGGUUCAGGAUUACUCCGCUAUCUCAUGCCACAUUCAGAACCCACUCGAGAGUUAAUCUUCUCCUUGCAGUACAGUGUGGUCACCCCCAUGCUGAAUCCUCUCAUCUACAGCCUGAAGAACAAGGAGGUGAAGGCAGCUCUGAAAAGGAUGUUGAGAAAAUGUUCCUAGAGUUUCAAAUAAUAGACUACCACAUCAGAAUGAUUAGGAACCUGGGUAGAAUUGUAAUUAACAGUGCCUGCAUAUUGAGAAUUCUCUGAUGUCAGGAUCUGCAAGAUACCUUAUGGAUUUUCUUUUCCUUCUUUCUUUCUUUUUAACCCUCACUUGAGGAAUUGAUAGAUUACUUCCUGUACUCUCCCAGACUGGAGAUUAGACCUGAAACCUUUUGGUAUACAGGAUGAUGGCUCCAACCUACUGAGCCUCUCAGCCAGGGCCUUAGAACUUUCCUAAAAAUACUCACACAGAAGUGGAGUUAUUUUUCCUGGAAUGAUACCAGCUCAGUCCUAGUCUGAAGAAGGUGGGUAGAUGAACCUCUUUUUCGUCUAGCAAUUUUUCUUAUAAAAAUGUUUAAUUUAUUACACACAGUAUGGUAGAAAUUAUUAUUACCCCCGGUCUAUCUUUACCAUUCUCCUAGCAAUUAAACUCCACUUGUUCUAUAUGGUUCCAUAGAGACUGUUAAUCAUGGCGUCCCCAAGUCCUCCCCUUCCCCUGCUCUCUAUUCACCCAUUCCUCCUGGCACAGUGGCUGGAACAGGAAUGGGUCCAUGGUCAAUGUCAGGCCACUCUGUAAGGAAUUUCAAUCUUGAGGAGUGUGAUUCAGAGAGGCAGAGGUCUUUGCAGUACUCUGACAGCUUAUCCCAGUGGCCCAGCUUAUAACAUCACUAGCGUUAUCCCAGAUUGUCUUUUCAAGGCAGAUUUAUAAACACGAAUUCUAAUAAGAACACAUGAGUAGGUAUUUGCAUCACAUCAGGGACUGAGCGCAGCACUUUACAUACAUUAUCCUAUUAAAUAUCACAAGUGUUUUAGGUAAAUGCUUUAGUUAUUCUUAUUUUAAGAAGAGGAACUGACUCAGAGAGAUAACUGAUAGGGAUGGAAAUAGAUCCAAACA